AUGAAAGGAAUAACAAGUCAAUCUACAAGAAUAGAUUAUGAAGAAUUAAUUGAAGAAUCAAAAUUGGGUGAAGGAUCUUUUGGUGUUGUUUACAAAGGAAAAUACAGAGGAAAUGAGGUGGCCAUCAAGAAAAUGAAACAGACCGAAGACGGCAAAACUGAUAGUGGAGAUAAAUCAGACGUAGAAUUUGAAAAAGAAGUUGCAAUGUUAGACAAAUUCAGGUGUGAGUAUAUCAUCCAUUUCUAUGGUGCUGUGUUUAUCCCAAAUAAAAUGUGUAUGGUUAGUGAAUUUGCUCUGUUUGGUUCAUUACAAGAUUUAAUGAAACAUAAAAAUAGCAAAGAAAUUGAAAUGAAACUUCGAAUAAAAUUAAUGUUGGAUACAUUAAGUGGAAUUUUGUAUUUACACACAAAUGGUAUAUUACACAGAGACAUCAAACCAGACAACAUACUUGUUAUUUCAAUUGCUUUUAACAACAAUGUAAAUGCCAAACUGACUGAUUUUGGAAGUGCAAGAAAUGUUAACUUGCUAAUGACUAACAUGACAUUCACAAAGGGAAUUGGUACACCAGUCUACAUGGCGCCCGAAGUGUUAAAACGAGAAAAAUAUAAAAAGAGUGCUGAUAUAUACUCUUUGGCUAUCACCAUGUUCGAGUGUAUUUCAUGGAGUUAUGCAUAUUCCUACGAUAAAUUCAAAUUUCCUUGGUCAAUUGCAGAGUUUGUGAUUAAAGGGUCACGAUUACCAAAGCCAGAUGAGAUGAAUCAAGAUAUAUACGAUAUUAUUAAUGGUUGUUGGGAAAACGAACCCACAAAAAGAAGUUCUUUAGAAAACGUUAAAUAUGAGCUUGAAACUUUAUUUAAUUACAUUUAA